AUGGCUACUGACUGGCAACCCGGCUGUAUGGUCCCUCAGAUUCCCCCGGCUCUGGAGAGUCUAUCUGCCCAUUCGGACCGGGCUCUUCAGAAUACAUCUGGGAAUGUCCAGUCCUAUUCGGAUAGCCUAGCCUACAGCGAUGCCACCGUGCGGGAUGACCAUCCCUCCCAAUAUGCCGUCAAAUACCCUCAACCCCCUCCGGUCCCUGCCCACCCGCUGCCUAAUGCCUCUGGCUAUCACCACCCUCAGGUGCUAGCCAACCGGAUCCAGGCCAAGAAGCUCCGACGGUUGCAGUCGUUUGGUCCUAGUCUCGCUGGACCGCGUAGGGGAAGGAGCUACCUCAAGUCGCAGAAGUAUCUGGAGUAUCGGGCACGGCCUCGCAGGGAUACGGGCAAGGAUGGAGAGCCAGUAUGGUCGGAUGAGCUCGAGGACGCUUUUCAACAGGCUCUCGAGGCAAACCCUCCUAUGGGAAGAAGAAAGUGGUCUGAACGCGGCAAGUCGUACGGACGCAACGAACUGAUUGCCGAGUUCAUUUUCAAGGCCACGGGGAAGAAGAGAACCAGGAAGCAGGUGUCGAGCCACCUCCAGGUCCUGGAUUCGUUCCUCAAAGGGGAUCCUGAUUGGGAACGACUGGUUCGUGAACAACCGGCAGACCGCGCCAGCAGCCAGUCUCACUCCAUCGGACCCAAGUGGAGGAGUCCCGUUGACCUUCCCUUGUCGAGCCACUAUGGGCACCAUCUGCACAAUCCCUACAAUGAUCAUUUGCGGAUGAUGCAGCCCUACCCCGGGGAGCUGCCCCCGCCACACUUCGUUCUGAACCCAACUAUGCGUGAUCCCGCGGUUCACACAAUCCACGGUCUCAGCUUUGGGAUGUGGGUUAACGCGCCGCAUCGACAGGACCAGAUCGAGAAAGCGUAUCAUGAAUACACGCGUCUUCAGGGAGACCAGCGUCUCCCCGUAGCCCCGCCAAUGCCUCUGGAAAAUGUCGCGGGCUGGCGAACUAGCUUUCCUCAUCUGAACUCGUUGAUGGCGGACCUCAACCGCCCCAUAAACUGCGAGAUCAUCUAUCUGGAGGCGAGCCUCAACCUGAUGGAUGAUUUCCCUCCUCCUAGGUCCAGCCUGGGAAUUCACAUGGAAUUGGACUUCGCCCACCCGGCCACGAGCGAUGCUCCUAUGGUUAACCAGAUGGACAACUGGACCUGCAAUACUUUGAUCUACGACAACGGCCAGGAGAUGGAUUGUGCUCUGGGCAAGGAGCUUUGCAAGCCAUCGUCGACUAAGGUGACGCGGCUGUUUGAGCCCAAGUGGUGGGCCCAACUCUUCACCCAUCUUACACAAAUGGCGGAGGAGGGCCCCAGUCACCCUGACGCUGGCGACGAGCGAUCCAGACGGUUCCUGCGCACCAUGUCGGUGGUGCAGGAGAUCCGGGCCACGCCCCCUUCCCGACGACACUCCGCCAACCCGUACGCUCCUCAACCAGAGGAGGACAGCGUACCUAUGGCCAUCCUGCUCUGGAAAUUCCGCCAGACUCGGCCAGGCGAGGUUGGCACAACAACCUGGCAGAGGCUCAUUCCUCCGCCGGACCGCAUCACCACCAACAGUCCGCGGCCAGCAGCCACCGGCAUCGACCUCCCUCCUCUAUCCCUUGAUUCCAUCCUGCUUAACAAGCCAACCCCUAAUGUCUACCAUGCUCCACCCCCUCCGCCCGCUCCUCCCGCGGCUCCCCAUUCCCAUCAUCACCCUCAGCAUGAUCUCCUCCACCAUAGCGGGACGUCGCAGCCCUCAUGGUCCAUGUAUCAAGCGCCGCCAGAGAACAUGUACCCGACUGGACACUUUGAUUUCCUGCACGCCAUCACUAAACCCGAGGACGGCCUCAGUGACAAGACAGCCGUCACCUCAGUCCUGGACCCCUUCCCGCCCCUCCCACCGCAAGAAACCAGCCAACCGGCGACCCACCUCCACGGGUCCAGCAGCAGCGGAGGAUCCGUGAUGCUCAACGUGCCCGACAUCCUCUCGCACCCCAACCUGGGCGGCUACAAUAUGGGCCACGACAGCCACUACCACGACAACAACAGCGUGCUGAACAACAUCUUCGGCAGCGGCUCGCAGUCCCUUGACGAGAUGGGAACCGGUCAGGCGACGUGGUCGACACCCUCCACCACCAUCCCUGGCGACGUCGGCUCCAACCACUACACGCACCUUCAUUACCCGCCGUCGGACAGCCACGUGCCUGUCUCGCGCGAGUCGCACCCGACAAACGGCUUCGAGGGCCUCAUGGGCCACGACGACCUCAUCGACAAGCUCGUCGGCAUACCCGGCGACCCCGGUAUGAAUGGGGCAGGACCCGAUCAUGCCAGCUCUGCGUAUGCGGAAACCAGCGCGGUCGAAGCGGUCCAAUAGAUCCCAGAGUAGAGUCGGAUUAAUGGCAGGGUAAUUGGCCUGGAGAGCGGUUUACUUAAUGAUAAUAAUGGUUGUUCUGGAUUGAGAAAAGUUUUACUAUCCGUGUUGGAUUUCUUCUCUUUCUACUUUUGGCACUGGCGUUUUGAGGGCUUGAUGGUGAUACUCCGG